AUGCCUAUCACACAUAUAGGUUUUUCUGAUGAGGAUGAAAAUGAAGAAGAAAUUAAUGAAAACGAAGAUUUUGGCGAUCUAUCAGAUUUGGAUGACGGCAAUAAUGAUGAUAAUAAUGGAAAAGUUGUGAUGGAGUUGAGGGCAGCUCAAAUUCAAAUUAUGGAAGGCGAAACGACUUUACAAACAUUCCAAAAACGUGUAGAAGCGAAAAAGGAAAAGGUAGCUCUGUUGAACGCGGAAUUGGACAGGGCUAGAGCUGCUAGAAUUUAUUUGAUCCACAAUAAGCAGCUUCAGUUUGUGCUACGAAGAGGUUUGGUUGAAAUACCAUUAUCAGGGGAUUUGUAUAAGGAUUUUCGGGAUGCUAUCCUGAUUCCUAAAACAGAAAUUGAAGCGGUUAAUAAUCUUAUUAAUUUGGAUGAGUUGGAUGAUCAGCAUGUUGAUAACUUUACAGGUUCUGGCUCAAACCAGGAAUUUUUAAGGUUACAAUGGAAACUUAUCCAAUCCGAUGUGAUUGCUACUAACGAUAGCGAAGCGGGUCCAUCUGGUUCAGGACCAAUAACAACUUCUUCGCCUGUGAGUCCUUUCCCCCCUGCUGCACCACCUCACAUUAGUUUUGUCAUAUCGGCUCACGUUGCUCAACCUUCUGUAACUCAAAACCUUCACGGUUUCGCUCCCAUACUUCCACAUAAAUGGAAUCUCAAAUUCUCAGGUGACAAACGUGGCAUGUCAGUCACAGCUUUCUUUGAAAGAGCUAGGUGA